AUGGCAGGGAUGAGUACGCCGGUAUUAUAUCCAAAUCGUGUAAGCGUGCAUCCCGUCUGUCCGCCAUUUGAAUCGAGCAACUGGGUUGGCGGCUACGAAGGUGGCCACUGCUCGCCCUCGCUGUUGUUUGAUUGUGGCUUAUCGUUUCGCCUGAACCCCUUUGAGCCACCGUAUCGCCGUUUCCUAAAUACGCGGCGGCUGUUCAACGAGCAGCGUCCUGAGGUCUUGGCAUCCCACCUCCACGAUGCCGUCUGGCCGGAGUACUCGCAGCGCGCAGUCCCAUCGAACCUAGCGGCCUCAUCAAUCCAUCCUUCGUCCUCGAAUGAGCAUUUUAAAUCGUGUGAGGACGAUCAUUCACUGGAUACCGACAACGAUGAGGAGGAGCUUGCCGGCUGCCCUUCAGCGGACUCUCGGGCACGUGCUAGAGGUUUGGAUACCGAGGAUGCAUCGAAUCCGGCGUGGAGCGAUCCCUCACGCCCUGCUGUGAGAGAAUCCUUUGCAUCACGAAGGACGGCUUCCUUCACAGGUGGUGUGCAGACGUUCAAUGAAAAGUGGGUCCUCUCUAUGGAUAUUGAGCAUAAGCUCAGGGGCCAUCAGGGGUGCGUCAAUACUAUUCAUGUUGACUCGCUCGGGCAAUUUCUUCUCUCCGGUUCCGAUGACAGAUAUCUUUGCAUGUACAAUACUUUUACGUGGGAGCUCCUCCAUAGGUACUCCACAGGGCACACUCGAAAUAUCUUUGACGCGAAGUUUCUGCCCUAUGACUGCACCAAAAUUGUGUCCUGCGGCAUGGAUGGCGAAACUUUUUUAUUGGAUACGGUAGCAGAUAUCAGCUUCUCUAAAUUCUCAUCGUCAUCGGUGGGAAGCUCGGUUCUCUGCUCCAUAUGCUGGCCAAAUACGGCUUACGUAGCGUAUGGCGAUGGUCGCCUGGUGUGCAUCGACACCCGUUGCUGCAUUGGAUGGAGCACACACAGCACCGUUCUUUCCCCUACUUCAGUUUUUUCUCUUAACGGUAUCGCUACCCAUGAGAGGUGCCCAUACACAAUUGCGUGCGCUACGGACGUUGGAUAUAUAUUCCUAGUAGAUAUUCGUAUGAAUUCGCUCGCACCAUAUGCAGCUCUUGGUGUUUUAAAGCCGCCGUUUAUGAGAACGAUGCAGCCGUUCAGACCCCAGCCGUCGCCCUACGGUUCGAGUAGCGACCGAUUAAUCAGACGUGGCGGCGUGAGCAAUCUCUCAUUCAGUGAGAGAGGGGAUUGGCUGGCCAUUAAUUUUCGUAACGAAGAUGCCUUUAUCAUUCCAUGGCAGUCAUGCCUUCAGCGGGCCUAUGCGAAGUUUGCACCGGACGAGGAGGACCCUUGCAAUUCCAUGGGCCUUGAAGCCUCUAAUAGGGCACCAUCAGAGGUACGUAUGCACCUUACUGGCGGUCAAUCGAUUCCCAUCGUACCGUGCAGCGUCUCGGACGGCAUGCGCUGCCUGUACGGCCGCGUGAAUUGUGAUACGAUGUUUAAAGCAAUCAUCUUUCUUGAAGAUGAUACGAUGGUGUGCACCGGCAGUGAUGACGGCUCGGUAGUUUUUUGGCGCUCCGACGAUGGGAAGUAUCUCGGAAAGAUCCCUGGGGACGGGUCUAUCGUCAACGGUGUCCUUUACCCUCCUUCCCUGAAGCGUUUGCUGACGUGUGGGCUUGAUUCCACCGUCAAGGUCUUUGCACCGAUGCUUCGUGAGGAGGAUAGCGAAACCGAACGAGAUGUUUCUGAGGCCUUGUUCUGGAGCCGAGAUCGUAGCCGGAUGGUGUCCAGCGUGGUGGAGCCGCUAUGGCCGGCGGCGACCCCAGCUCGAUUUAGAGAAGCCGAGCGCAGUGGAUAUGGUGAGAUGGGGAGAACCAUAGGGGGUGUUGGAGAAUAUGUAAGAAGUACGGUUGCCCGUCUUGGGUGGAUGAUCAAUAUCAAUUCAUCGUACACGACCGUGAAUUUUGAUACUGACGCCAACAAUCCUGACGCUGAGGAAGGUGAAGGGGAUUCUACAUAUUCAAGUGUUCACUCCUAUGGUCUCGCAGCUCGAUUGUCGUCUGAACCACAUUUGGCGCAUGACCUUGAGAUUCGCUUGACAAGGAAUCCGGUUCGAUCACGCAGUUGGGACCCGAAUCCCAGGUUGCUGUUCCUUCUUCAAAGGACCAACAGUAACGAGGAAGGAGACAGCUCUCCGACUAAUACUGGUUCCGACAGUGAAGAAAGCGCCGCGCAUAGUAAUUCAGAGGUUUUCUUUGUAGACUCUAACGAGCAGACCGCGCCGGGGUUGGACAAUGCCCUGCACUCAGAUUCAAGCGUAUCUGAGGGCUAUGCGCUGCGUCAACCCAUUGAGAGUGAGGUUGAUCAAAGCGAGACGACCGGUCCACGAAUUUCGGCGUCGCAAUUAUCUCAUCAACAGUCCAUAAUAAAUAUUCUGAAUGCUCUCAUCUUGUCAGAGUGUCUCCUGGUCCAAACUAUUUCUUCCAGUACCAAUCGUGCAAGGCUGGCUCAGAUCCGCAAUUGCCUAGAAAGUGUCGUACCCGAGUUCUAUCCGACUUCACCAAGGACGGGGGCUCGGCAGGAUGCUCCACUUUUGGACGAAACUUUCCUCGCUGGUUAUUCCGAACGCACCACCGAUGUCUUUGCAUUUGGACCUUCAAGGACCGAUGAGGAGCAAUCGAGCGUGGCGCGCUCCGAGGAGGACUCCCUUCUGGAAUCUUUCUCCUCCGGUGGAAGUGAUGUGGGCGGCGUCUCCACAACGAUCCUGGCGAACAUGACCGAGCGGCGGCGUUUAUCUUCCGCUUUUGCGAGCGCAGGGCCGUCCGCGAUUCGGAAUCGGGCAGAAGCACAGAGCCGUGGCGGGGAUCACGAGGGCCGUGGGGAGAGACGAACCGAUGAGGCGCCGUCAUCCCGCCAACGCCAGGGAGGGGGCGCCUCAAACUCCCACCAGGAUCCCAGACGACGUCCUAAAAAGCAAAAAACGCAGGACCAGUACCAGCAUCGCCCGAUUCGAAAGUACUUGCGCGUCGUGCAUCAUCUUCUCAAUGUGGUGCGCGAGCUCUUUGAGCAGCGCCGCUGCCUAGGGUAUAAUCUGACCUCCAGGCGGAAUGGACUCCACCUGCUUCGAUUCUUCGAGGUUGGAUCGCAGCCACUGAGUUGGGAGACCUGCUCCCUUGCCAACCCGAUGUUUCCGUGGUUGAGGACGCAGCUUAAGAUGGAGGAGUCUGUGCGGUGGGUCAGCCUCCCACCCCCAUUCGAUUCCACCCUGGCCGAUGCCGCUCCGGACGAGAGGGGGGGCUUCAUUCCGGAUCGAACGAAUCCCCACGGUGGGGGCGGCGGCCACGAUGCCGAGCGUGCCUUCCUGGGCAUCGCCGGGCUAAAGGACGCCGAUCACUUCUACGACGUCAUCCUGCAAGCGGAGUCGAACCGGUGGCUCAAAGGGCGGCAGCGGAAGUUUGGCGACCUCACCCACCGCCUCGUUCUGCUUUUGCGCGUCGUUCACCUCCUCCUCGCGAAUCACCACCCUGCCUGCCUCACCGCACGGCAGAGUCGCCGCUACUGCGCCCUCCUCGCCUGCCUGCACGCGCAUUGGGUGUAUUUUUACAUGUCGGUGGGGAUGUGGGAUUUGGCGCUCAUCCACUGCGACGUCCUCGACGGCAGCUUUGAGUUCGCGAACCUCCGCGGGAUGGGCGCGUCCGCCGGGCCGGAGCCUUUACGCUCCCCGCCUCGCCGCCGCCGCCCUCACGUGGCGAAAUCAAAAUCGAGGCCGAAACGCCCCCCUGGCGGCGCGGUGGUGGCCCCUCCAAACCCUUCCGAAGGCGGUGCGCGGGAGCCCCCCUCCUCCUCUUCUCGCCUUUCCCCUUCCUCUUCUCCUCCUUCUCGGUCUCCCACGUUCGUUCGGGAUCCUGACGUCUACCGGUGGGUGCCGAACCUCCACGCCCACCUUCCCUGCUCCUCCAGUGAGCAGGGGGGGCCCUCCAACGCGGAUGGCAAUGACAUCGAUGACGACCUCGCGCGGGGGAAUACGCUGACGAUGCCGAUGCGAUGCUACCGCAAGCUCCUCAUCCCGCUCGUGCUGAAGGUGAAGAUCCUUGCCGGGGCAAUUCAGGUGCUUGAGGAUCAGCUCGCGUUGCAGCGCCGCCCUCGCGAGGAGAUCCUGAUCACCGAAACGAGUGAAAUGCUUUCGGAUCUGAACCUGGAUACCAUCGGUAUUGAUUUCGCCUUUUUGAAGAGUGAGAUUCUACUAACCGCGCGGGCGCAGCUUCAGCGGUAUAUGCAGGGGGUCCGGGAGGAUUUCAUCUGCCACAGCUUUCCCCAGUCUAUCUUUCCCGCCCGAAAGCUCGACGACGCACAGCAACACGAGAAAACGGAGGCACAGGUGAGGGUGUUGCAAGCGCAGCUGUCUGAGGCGUACCACGAACUACGCCGACGCAUGCGACAGCACCCCAACAAGACCUUAACGAAUCGAAUUCUUUCCGUGCUGGCGCAAUGCAAUAUCCUCACAACGGUGCCUGUUGAGGAAGGGAAUGACGGCAUUGCGUCAUAG